GGCCCAGUUCAUUUUCAGAACCAAGAAAAAAGUAACAGCAAAGGAAAGGAAUAAAUGGAAGUGCUUUUCACUUUACACUGUAAAGGUCAUAUUGGAGCUCUACUUUAAUGGUGCAUUAAUGUUUAAAGAGAACAAAGAGGGAAUGAGAAUGUCCAAUAUUCCUCAAGAGAACUCAGCAUCAUCACAAUCUCUCUUAUUUACUCUCCAAGAAAUGCUAAUGCUCCACCCUUUAGUGAGUUCUUGUCAAUUCUCUCUCUCAAUUUAUUUUUUUGGUCAUAUACUGUAAAAGAUUUCAUCUUUCCAUUUUGAUUUUGUUUUCAUUUUAUUUUAGUUUUCACCAACUGGUUUUUGUUGUCUCGAUUCUUAUUGAAUUUUAGAUUUUCAUGUAUGUGAUGUGAAGUUCUUUACACAGCCAUCCAACUUAACCUGCUCUCUCUCUAUCUUUAUUGAGUUCUUUACUUUUUGCUCACCAAUAUCGUGCUCCUUACUAAACCUUAACUAAUGGAAGAUGGGUUUAGGCGUUUUACCCUUAACAUGUUCAAUUUACACUUACUGCCACUAAACUGUGUGCGGCCAAUCUUGAGCUCCAGUCAUUGAAGAAGAUUGGUUUUUGCAUUUUACCUCUAUGAUAGCUGUCUCAAGUCCUGUCCUGCUCUCUUGCUUCCUUUGAUUCUUGGAAAGCUUUAGUUUUGCAUUAUUGUCCUUGUCAAAGAUGGAACUGAAGUGGGUUCUCGCUAUCGGACACUGUAAGAUUCUUAAGUUACAUCUACUGCCAUUCUUGAUAUCGUUACUUCUGUGUUCAUACCAGUCUCAUUGCAUUGAUCUUCAUCCAGAAGACAGGGCUUCACUCAUAAAAUUCCGUGCACAUAUUCAAGAACCAAACCGUUACUUGUUGUCAACCUGGGUUGGCUCUAACUGCACAAAUUGGACUGGAAUUGCCUGUGAAAAUCAGACUGGCCGUGUCAUUUCAAUCAACUUGACCAACAUGAAUUUGUCAGGGUAUAUCCACCCAAAUUUGUGCAGAUUAAUCUCUCUUGAAUCUUUGGUUUUGUCCGAAAAUGGCUUCACUGGCCAAAUUCCAUUGUGUUUUGGCUGGUUGCAGAAUCUCAAAGUUCUUGAUCUUAGUCACAAUAGAUUUGGUGGUGCUGUCCCUGAUACACUCAUGAGACUUAGUCAGCUGAGGGAACUUAAUUUGAAUGGGAACCAUGAUUUGGGAGGUCCUCUUCCUUUAUGGGUUGGUAAUUUCUCAUCAAGUUUGGAAAAACUUGACAUGAGCUUCAAUUCAUUUCAAGGGGAAAUACCAGAGAGCUUGUUUCAUUUGAACUCUUUAAAGUAUUUGGAUCUUCGUAACAAUUUCUUAUCUGGCAAUCUUCACGACUUCUAUCAGUCCCUAGUUGUCCUCAAUCUUGGGUCUAAUACAUUUUCAGGUACUUUGCCUUGUUUUUCUGCCUCUGUUCAGUCUCUUAAUGUUUUGAAUUUGGCUAAUAAUUCUAUCAUGGGGGGUAUUCCUACAUGCAUUUCUUCUCUAAAGGAGUUGAGACAUUUGAAUUUGUCAUUUAAUCACUUGAAUCAUGCAAUAUCCCCAAGACUUGUUUUCUCCGAGGAGCUUCUCGAGUUGGACUUGAGUUUCAAUGACUUAUCUGGUCCGCUUCCAACCAAGAUUGCAGAAACAACAGAGAAAUCAGGGCUUGUUCUUCUUGAUCUAUCUCAUAAUCGCUUCUCUGGUGGUAUCCCAUUGAAAAUCACAGAACUCAAGAGUUUGCAGGCAUUGUUUCUAUCUCACAAUCUUCUUAGUGGGGAAAUCCCAGCAAGGAUUGGAAAUUUGACUUAUCUCCAAGUGAUAGAUCUUUCUCACAACUCAUUAUCAGGAUCUAUUCCCCUGAAUAUUGUUGGGUGCUUUCAGCUACUUGCAUUGGUACUCAAUAACAAUAAUCUUUCUGGUGAGAUUCAACCAGAACUUGACGCUUUGGAUAGCUUGAAGAUAUUGGAUAUAAAUAACAACAAGAUUUCUGGUGAAAUUCCAUUGACUCUGGCAGGUUGUAGAUCACUCGAGAUAGUAGAUUUUAGUUCCAACAAUCUCUCUGGGAAUCUGAACGAUGCAAUAACUAAAUGGUCAAACCUCAGGUAUCUCUCCUUGGCCCGAAAUAAAUUCACUGGAAGCCUCCCUAGUUGGUUAUUUACAUUCGACGCAAUCCAAUUGAUGGAUUUCUCAGGAAACAAAUUCUCUGGGUUCAUACCGGAUGGUAACUUCAAUAUUAGCUUGAAUUUCAACAACGGAGACAUUGUUCAGAGACUGCCUACUGAGUCAUUUAUUUUAUUGCAAGCUGUAGAGAUCAAAAUAUCGGUGUUGGUUGUUGACAGCAAUGAAUUAAGCUUCAGCUACCAUCUGUCUUCAGUUGUUGGAAUUGAUUUAUCCGACAAUCUGUUGCAUGGAGAGAUUCCAGAGAGCCUCUUUGGACUGCAGGGUUUGGAGUACCUGAAUUUGUCGUACAAUUUUCUUGAUGGUGAAAUUCCAGGUUUAGAGAAGAUGUCAAGCUUAAGGGCUUUGGAUCUGUCACAUAAUUCUCUGUCAGGUCAGAUCCCAGGGAACAUCUCCAGCCUUAAAGGUCUUACCCUCUUGAACUUAUCAUAUAACAGUUUCUCUGGAUUCGUUCCCAAGAAAGAAGGCUACAGAAAGUUUCCAGGUGCAUUUGCUGGAAAUCCAGAUCUGUGUGUGGAGUCCUCUGGUGGAAGGUGUGAUGCAGCAAGUCUUCCAGCAGUGCCUGGGAAGUCAUCUGAAGAAAUGGAGGGUCCAAUUUCUGUUUGGGUGUUUUGCCUUGGUGCUUUUAUUAGUUUCUAUUUUGGUGUUAUGGUUCUAUGCUGUUCUGCUCGAGCAAGAAAAUAUAUCCUCCAGACAAAAGUCUAACCUAGAUUAUGCCAACGAACUACUGUACAUACUUGCCUCUGUUGUAGUAACAUAGUAACUAUUGAGUUGAUGUGCUUUGCCGUUGUGUACUAAUGUUGAGUCAUUGAUUGUUAUAAACGUGGCAAUUCAAUUACUGAAAGCUAAUGAGUAUUUUGGUA